AUGGCGAUGCCCGAACCUGCUAAGAUCGAGACCUGGAGCAUUGAGGCUCGAGGUGGCUCUCCUCGACCGGUACCGCCUCCAAUGCCUUCUCACCCGGAGAGACCCGGUAUUCAAAGAGGGGAAAAAAGGAAAACGCAGGAUGAAAUCCUGGUCGGCUUUGGUGCACAGUUCCAGUCUGGCAAGUCCAAGCCAGCCUCAGUUUGA